AAAAUAAACACUGCUUUCACGGUUGGCUCACGCCUGGCGGGAUGGAUUUAAUACUACUUCUUGGUAUUGCGACGGCUCUAUUCGUGGUUCUGCUUAGCCUCCUGCUUUUCAACAGAAACAAAUCGAAAGAUGCUCCACCAGCAGCCGCAUUGCCGAACGAAGGGAAUGUUCCACGUCGCGCACAAGUAGUUAGGAAUCAACGGAAUCGAGCUAGGGCCGCUGAAAUCGCUGAACCAGUGCAGCAUUCCGAUGACGAGGAUACAAUACCGCAGGCACAACAUGAUUACGGCGGUGAAAAGCUGGGCGCUAAGAAACGUGCCAAGCUGGAGGCCAAAGCCGAAAAGAAACAACAGCGUGAGCAAGAACUGCGUCUGAGGGAAGAGCAGAAAAUGAAAGAUGCACUUCUGGAAGAAGAACGGCGGAAACAGUCCGAGCGGGAGACACUGGAGGAGAAAAAACGCGAGGAAGCGGAGCGUCUUGCGCGCGAGGAAAAGGAAAGGAAGGAACACGAGGAGUAUUUAAAGAUGAAGCAAGCUUUCAGCGUUGAAGAGGAAGGUUUCGAAGAAGAAGAUGUCGAUGAACAGCAGAACAGUCUUGCAGACUUUAUCAAAUUUAUUCAGGACCACAAAAUCGUAGUACUCGAAGAUUUGGCGUCACACUUUAAAUUGAAAGUGCAAACGGCAAUCGACAGGAUUGAAGAACUGCAGAAAGAAAACCGACUUACUGGUGUUAUCGACGAUCGAGGCAAAUUCAUCUACAUUUCAGAAGACGAGCUGAAAACGGUGGCCAAGUUUAUUCGCCAGCGGGGCAGAAUUUCCAUAGCGGAAUUGGCAGAAAACAGUAAUCAGCUGAUUAGCCUCACUCCGGCGGCAGAGAGUACAUGAGACCAGCCGUUUCAAGAAUCGUGUACGUGAAAAUUUGCAAUCAAAUGUUUAUUCAAAAAUAGACAAAUGUAACAAGUU